UUGUCGCUUUAAAACUAGCAAAAUGCCCAAUAUGAAAGAUGUCGAGCAUUUGCUCGCUGCACUUCAAACCUGAAGAUUUUACCAGACGGUAUACUAGUUUGCAAGGGAAAACAAGAAGACUGGUGUUUGUCGAAGUUGAUGUGUUUGCUUUUCCUUCUGUUCAUCUCUCAGAAAGACAGAUGAAAGAAAGUGCGCCUUCUGAAAAGAACGUAGACAGGUUGUUAGAGAUAUUUUGUCUAGCACAGAAGCAGAUCCUUGCUCUUCUAGUCAAGACACUUUUGGAGCUGAAAGUGCAACCUCUUUGGAAGACAGUCAUACUGAUGUUGAAUUUGUUGAUGAUGUCUUGCAAGUUCAAACAAUUGCAGUACAAGCAGAAGUACAGGUUCAGAAUGGGUUUUGCCAAACUGAAGAAUAUGCAACAAUGUGUUCAAUACAAAGAAAACAUGAGGUAA